UUUAUGGGCGGGCUUUCUUACUCGCUGAGAGGGAAGUUUAAGCCUGUCUAUGGUUCAAGCGCUAAAAAAACGUAAACAGUUGUUGUUUUUGCAAAUUGCAUUCGGGAAAAAAUAGUGUUUUACACUGAAACAAAAGUACUAUUUGAUGAAAUAAUCGCCACAAUUAUUACAUUUACAAGAAAGAAGAAACAAAACAACAACACGCUAUGUCCCACAAGCAGAUUUAUUACUCAGACAAAUAUGACGACGACAAAUUCGAGUACAGGCAUGUCAUGCUCCCUAAGGACAUUGCUAAAAAAGUUCCUAAGACGCAUCUGAUGUCAGAGACAGAAUGGAGAAAUCUGGGAGUUCAGCAGAGUCAAGGAUGGGUACAUUAUAUGAUCCAUCAGCCCGAACCGCAUAUCUUGCUCUUCCGACGUCCACUGCCUCAGUCCCAGUGACUCCAGAACCACAAACUAAUGGAAUUCUGAAAACGGGACACAAUCUGAAGAUGUCCGAGUCUGUGAGAUGCUGGGUGUACCCCAGAUCAGUUGGUGUCAAUAUCAUCUGUGCUGCUUUUGACUUCUGUUUAUUGACAGAUUAUCAUCACUGUGCUUGAUCUCUGCCUUUAGAACUGUGCGCAAUUUCCUACUGCAUCUGUAUAUAUUUUUAUUCCUUAUCAAGCUUGUGUUAUAACGAUUCUGUAAAUGAGCUUCACUUGAUGAAUUUUUGCAUUGAUGAAUUGACUCAAAAAGGUCUAGCAGCAUUGGAAAUUGUUUUGCAAACUACACUUACUUAAUUUUUCACCCUUUAAAGUAUUAAUAAUGCCAUUUCUAACAGUAUAACUGUCACCAGUACUAGUAAGCAACUGAACCUGUUUUCUCCAAAAAUGUUUUAAAAAAGCCUCUCACAAUAAUAUGUAUAAUACUAUACUUAUGUAUAAUAAAAUGGUUUCCGUUCAUCACUUUGGCUUCAACACCAGACCAUGACUAGAUAGAAAGCAAGAAGAUUUACUACUUUGCAUUUAUCUCAAUGCUAAUGAAUUUACAUACAUGAAUGAGUGCUUUAAAUUUACUUGACACAUAGAAAGGCACAGCCAUUGUAACAUGUGCAAGGCUUCUCUUCCAGUUAAUUUAAGUUGUACAUAAUUUUCAUAAUACCUAACCUAUAAUUUUUGCACAUUCACAGGAAACUGCUGACUUCUCUGUUGCAAAAUAAGGUGAAUAUACAUCCAAGUACUAGUUCACAGCUCCAUUGAGAGUGAUUUUGUUUUAGAUGUAAAAACAGACUCGUGCAUUGUGAUGGAUGGAAUGGUCAGUAAUUGUGGGAUUGCUUGUAAUGUUCUUCAUUUGUAAGUCAGAUUGAAAAAGACAUCUUCUAAGUGCAGGACCAGUGCAAGAUUUGGAAGCCCCCUCUCCGAAUAAAAAGCACUUGAAACAAA